CUAAAAUGUGCGCCGUUUUUCCUUUCGCAACUGAGCGCCGGUAUAAUAGGGACCUGCGGUGCAGCACCAGAGAGCGAGAGCGGAGCGGCACGAACCCGGAGCCAUGGACCCGGUGGCGUUUCUCCUGCAUUUGGUUCUCGUCACCGCAGCGCAGGGCGCCCCGCGCUGUGAGCCCGGGGACCGGGCGUUAGGACGAUGUCAGGUUAAAGAUGAAGAGAAAGCACAGUGUGUUACCAGUCAUUUGGGUUACUGUGAUAGUCUGCCUUAUGUGAAGACUAUGUUUCCUAACUUGAUUGGUCAGAAAACAAGAGAAGAGACUGAGUUAAGUGCUGAGUAUGUUCUUAUAAGUGUUUUGAACAACUUACUAAAUGGAGAGUGCAGCCCUGACCUCGAGCUACUGGGUUGUUCCAUCUUAGUGCCACGUUGUGAGAAGAACGUGAUUCUGAAGCCUUGUCGAUAUGUUUGUGAAGCAGUUAAAAAAGACUGCCAGCAUGCAUUUGAGAUGAUACAUAUGGCAUGGCCAUAUUUCAUGGACUGCGAUCGCUUUUUUGUCAGUGAAGAAGAGGGUUGUUAUGACCCUUUAGGAAGAGAAAGAGAAAUGAUCACAACAGAUGAAGCAGAAGCACCUUUUACCUUGCUACAGUUUAUACACCACAGCUAUGUUGAUAUGACAAAAUUAUUGAAACGAACAGCAUCCGUUUGCUCACAUAUCUCAACACUGUACACCAUUGGUCGCAGUUUUGAAGGCAAAGAUAUUUAUGUAAUUGAGUUUUCAGAUAAUCCGGGGGAACAUGAAUUGCUUGAGCCAGAGUUUAAAUAUAUCGCAAACAUGCAUGGUAAUGAAGCAUUGGGAAGAGAAUUGUUGAUUUAUCUUGCACAGUAUCUGUGCUCCGAGUACUUAAAUGGAAACCAAAGGAUUCAGGCUUUAGUGAACACAACCAGAAUUCACCUUCUCCCUUCUAUGAAUCCUGAUGGCUAUGAAUUUGCAGCUGAAGAGGGUCCCGGCUACAAUGGAUGGGCAAAUGGACGGGUUAAUGCUCAAAGCCUCGACUUGAAUAGAAAUUUUCCAGACCUCACAUCAAUAUUUUAUCGAGAAAGAAGGAGAAGAGGAGGCCGGGUUGACCAUAUCCCAAUUCCAAGGUCUUACUGGAACGGUAAGACUGCACCUGAAACGAGGGCCGUUAUAAAAUGGAUGAAGAAAAUUCCUUUUGUUCUGUCUGCAAGCUUGCAUGGUGGAGAUUUAGUAGCAAGUUAUCCUUUUGACUUAUCAAGGCAUCCAAGUGAAAAUAAGUUUUUCUCUCCAACACCGGAUGAAAAGAUGUUCAAGAUAUUGGCUAGAACAUAUGCUGAUGCACAUCCUCGUAUGUCAGACCCAUCGGAGUACAGAUGUGGAGGAAACUUUGGUGACAAAGGAGGCAUCAUAAACGGAGCACAGUGGUACAGCUUUUCUGGAGGAAUGGACGAUUUUACUUACCUACACACAAACUGUUUUGGAAUAACAUUGGAAAUAGGGUGUGAGAAGUUUCCUGUUAGUGAUGAUCUCUAUCCAGCCUGGCAAGAAAACAAAGAGGCACUGCUGACAUAUAUGGAAUUGGUACACCGUGGAAUAAAAGGAAUUGUGAGGGAUGAAGGUGGACGAGGGAUUCAAGGGGCACGGAUUUCAGUGAGAGGAAUCCGGCAUGACAUCUUUUCAGUUGCUAAUGGAGAGUAUUGGAGACUGUUGCCUUCAGGUACACAUUUCGUAAGUGCUCAAGCUCCAGGCCACUCCCGUGUUUUAAAGAAAAUAUUUUUACCAGCAAGGAUGAAAGAGGCAGGUCGUGUGGACUUCAUUUUGCAACGCCUGGAGCCUGAUCCGGUUGAUGUCCUUGUUGAUGAAGGAGUAGAUGAUUUAGAUCUGAUGGAGCACUUAGAUAACAUUGACCACAGACGUGGAGAGCCUGAUGAUGAAUAUUUCUCACCCCAAAGGGAAAAGCCUUGGUGGUGGUCCUUCUUUGUUGUUAUAGGAGACAACGCACCAGUUUGGCUCUUGAGGGAAGAUUAAACUACCAAUAUUGCCACCAUAUCAAGUGGAGUGUAUAUGUUACUGAGAUGGCAUUUGUAUUUCCUGUGACUCUUUCAUUGUCUUAGAUUACUUUAAACCACCUUGAUAAUGUAGAAAAGCAAUAUCUUUUUGAAACAUUCUUAUAUUUUAGUCUUGCAUAGAGCAGGAAUGGUUAUGAGCACUGAAUAUAAGGGAUCGUCAUAUAUCACAUCACAGUACAUGUAUUACAAAUUGAGCACUAGCCAGCCCUCCUGCAUUGGGUGUGAAUGCUGGUAAAACUGCCAACAUGUUGUGGUGCACAUUAUGUAUCUGUAAUGAAGAGGGUGUUUUUGGAAAGAGAAUUAUCUUAUAUUCUGCCUUGAUAAUUAAAUAUAUGGAAAGUUUGAGUUAAGUUGCGAAUUUUAACAAAUGACUUGCUUCGGUGGAAUAAAUAUUUACUUCUUUAAGGGCAGCUCAUCACACUGUUAAUAUGACGAUUGCUACAUCAGUAUAGUGCUUCAGAUCUGUCUAAUGAAUGCAGUCCAUACAUAAUGAGAGUGAUGCUGAGCAGUGUUGCCCAUCAGGAAACUCGCAGACUUCCUGGUACCUAGCAACCACCUAGUUGAGGGCUCAAAGACACACGCUUGUCGGAUGUCAAACAUCUAGUGACUAUCCUUGGAGUGGAGGUAAGCGGGCUCUACUGAACUGACUCCAAGGUGAUGUAUUUGGCAAUGGAAUGUUGAAAUCGAGCUAUCCCCUCUGUGUUGAUCUGGGUAAUCCGGUGCCUGAGCCAUGCGGGUCUGCAGUACUCCAGUGUAAUGCUGAUGACAGCACAGCCAGCCUGGGUCAUCAACACGACUUGGAAGGACAGACCAGUCACUGGGGACAGGGAAUCAGCCCACUCUACUCCUGUUCACCCUGAAAGCCAAAGCUCAAACUGGAAAGGUGCUCCUAGUAGGACAAGCAGCGGGAAAGCUUGUCAGACAGUGCUAUCAAUGGCAAGCUUUGCGGUUUAAGCUGGUUAGACCCAGUAAUACCCCAUCGUACACUCUGGGGUCCCCAAGCCAACCUGCGCUAAUACUUCUCGCAAUUAUUUAAACAGGAUGUGUCUUCCAGAGAGAGGGCGCAUUCCAUUCCAACAAUUAUCUCUGGAAUUUCCAUGUGUAGGUAGGAUGCAUGGAAUUCUCAAUUUGGUUUGGAUACUGUUAAACAUUGUGAUGUGUCAGACACCCGGCUGAACCCCCCCAAAAAUAACACUGAGCAACGACGCUUUACAACAACAACAAGAUUACAUUUGUGUAGCGCCUUUCACGUCGGGAGGACGUCCCAAGGCGCUGAAAUUCAGACACAAGCUCAAUUUAUCCAACCACAACCUCAGCCAGAAUUUAACUGCAUGCAAGAAAAAAAUUUAAUUUGCAUGAUGGGCAGAAGAAAAAGUUUGCCACCAAUUGAUGCGAAACAUUGAGUCCUUCAUAAGUGAACAUAAACAAUGUUUAUUUUCUUUCUUGUCUUAUGAAUAUAAACUUUAUACUACAGGCAAAACAUUAGCAAAUAAUACAACUUAAGUUAGUCAAAGCUAGCCAUGUGGAAGUAUACCUAUUUAAGUUGCACUCAUUUUAUUGCUAUAGUGACUUUUUUUUCAGAGUUUUAGCCCUCUUAAUAAGCUUCCAUCUCCUUGUUAAAAAUGUUAGUACUCCACUGUUAAAAGUGCAAUUUACAAAUGUUAAUUAUUUACCUUUACUUUGUUUUUUGUGCUGUAAUGUAAUUGUUUCAAAUAUAUCAAUGGCAAAUAUAAUUUUCUUAAAUAUAAUAAAAUUGAAUAUUGUUUAAUAUA